AUGGCCCAAGAAAUCACCAUCACCGGGUGGAGCACCCGCGAUGUGAGGUUCCCUACGUCGCUCGACAAGACUGGAUCCGACGCCAUGAACGCUGCCGGCGACUACUCCGCCGCCUACUGUGUCCUCGAGACUGACUCCGAGUACAGCGGCCACGGCAUGACCUUCACAAUUGGUCGCGGCAACGACAUCGUCUGCACAGCAAUUGACUACCUCGGCGACCGCAUUAAGGGCAGGACUCUCUCAUCUCUGGUCGCCAACUGGGGCGAGACUUGGAGGUACCUGGUCAACGACAGCCAGCUCCGAUGGAUUGGCCCUGAGAAGGGUGUCAUUCACCUGGCUCUUGGCUCCGUUGUCAACGCCAUCUGGGAUCUUUGGGCUAAGGUCCUCGGCAAGCCCGUCUGGCGCAUCGUCGCCGACAUGUCCCCAGAGGAGUUUGUCCAGUGCAUCGACUUCCGCUACAUCACCGACGCCAUCACGCCCGAGGAGGCCACCGCCCUCCUCAAGGAGCAAGAGGGCGGCAAGGCCCAGCGCAUCAAAGAUGCCGAGAACAACCGCGCCGUCCCCGCCUACACCACCAGCGCCGGCUGGCUAGGCUACGGAGAGGACAAGAUGAAGGGCUUGCUGCAGGAGACCCUGAGCAAGGGUUACAGGCAUUUUAAGCUCAAGGUCGGCAGCAACGUUGAGCAGGACAAGAAGAGGCUGACCAUUGCGCGCGACGUCAUUGGGUAUGACAAGGGCAACAUUCUCAUGGUCGACGCCAACCAGGUCUGGUCGGUGCCCGAGGCCAUUGCUUACAUGAAGGAGCUCAAGGAGUUCAAGCCCUGGUUCAUCGAGGAGCCCACCUCUCCCGACGACAUUCUCGGCCACAAGGCCGUCCGCGAGGCCCUCAAGCCCUACAACAUUGGUGUCGCCACGGGCGAGAUGUGCCAGAACCGUGUCGUCUUCAAGCAGCUCCUCAUGGCUGGAGCCAUUGACGUGUGUCAGAUCGAUGCUUGCCGCAUGGGCGGUGUCAACGAAGUUCUCGCCGUUCUCCUGAUGGCCAAAAAGUUCAACGUGCCCAUCGUCCCCCACUCCGGCGGUGUCGGCCUGCCCGAGUACACCCAGCACCUCAGCACCAUUGACUACGUUGUCGUUAGCGGCAAGCUCUCUGUGCUCGAGUACGUCGACCACCUCCACGAGCACUUCCUCCACCCCUCGGUCAUCAAGGACGGCUACUACCAGACGCCCACCGAGGCCGGCUACAGCGUCGAGAUGAAGCCCGAGAGCAUGGACCAAUACACGUAUCCCGGCAAGGAGGGCGUCAGCUGGUGGAGGAGUGAGGAGGCCAGGCCCAUCAUCGAGGGCGUCAAGAUCUGA